AUGGACGGCAUCUCGGCGGCAACAACCGUCAUUGCCGCUGUUGAGGCUGGCAUCGUUGUGCUCAAAUACGCCAAAGGUGUUGCUGACAGUGACAAGGAGCGAAGGCGACUAGAGUCUGAAGUCAAAAGCCUUGCAAUCCUCAUGCAAAUGCUACAGCCACUAGUCGAUGCCGCAAAACAGCGAAAUGACGGAAAAUCUCCUGGCACGAAGUCUUUGGGUGACUCCGGUGGCCUUCUGGAGCAAGUCAACAACGUGCUCGAUGACUUAAAAGAGCCGACAAUUACUCUCGAAAUCAAGAAGGAUACAGAAGCCCUUCAAUCACUUCCCAAGAGGACGAGAAACUUGGAGCAAGACACAAAAGAGUUGGUGUCACGUUCGGAUGCUGUCCUUUUGGAGAAAGUGCAUUUGUUCUUCUCGCCACUAAACUUCUUCAUUGCCAUGGGCGACAUCUUGGUUACCCACGAAGAAGACACGUGCACAUCAUUCAUAGAGUCGACACCUGUGCGCUCAUGGAUUGACGGGACAACUCCGAGGCUCUGGUGCACCGGCAUACCGGGUUCUGGAAAAACCAUGCAAUCAGCAGUUUUGUUUCGCAAGCUACGAGCGGAGUUCGCUGAAACACCAGACAUUGGUGUUGCCGCCAUAUUCUGCAGCUACCAAGACCGAGAAAACCAGACCACGCCCAAUUUUAUUGGUGCUGUAUGGAGGCAGCUGGCUUCUGAACCAGCGUUGACUGAUAUCGUCCGGGGUAUAUACGAUGAGAAAUCCUCCAACGGAGGACGGCCCACUCUUAAAGACGCAAUUCGGGUCUUCGAAGAGGUAGCAUCCAGCUAUACCACGAUAUACGUGAUAGUGGAUGCUAUAAACGAACUCAGCUACUCUGGGAAUGACCUUCUAGAACAUCUCACCAGAUGUCAAAAUGCGAAUCUCAUUGUCACAUCAAGACAGGCACCCGAGGCAAAAUAUUUCACCGGCUUCCAGAAGGGUGAAAUAAAACCAGAUCCUGAAGAUGUUCGAAAGUAUACGUCAUCUCGAAUUGACUCAGACAGUAAUCUGUUGUGGCACGUCUCCAGGGACGAGACUCUUCGCGGCAAGAUCAUUUCUGCCAUACAGGAACGCUCGAAGGAGAUGUUCUUGAUGGCUCGUCUUCUGAUGGAUACUCUCGGUACCCGUCAAGGUCGCAAUAUUGUUCGAGCACUCGAAUCGCUUCCCAAAGAUAUUGAUGCGAUAUAUUCUGAAUUCCUUGACCGCAUUAGUUCGUCCAAGAUGGCAACUUACGCAAAAGGCCUCGUGGACUGGGUGCUUUGUGCUACUCGUCCUCUGCACAUUAAUGAGCUCCAAUGCGCACUUUCGCUUGAGCCUGGCGAUUCUUGCCAAGAGGAGAAGUACUUGGUAAAUAUCGACGCCAUUAUUUUGGCUUGCGAUGGCAUCAUCACUGUUGAUGAGGGUAGUAGUGUGGUGAGAUUUGUUCACCACACCUUCCAAGAGCACCUCGCGUCGCAGCCUCUCCGCCCUUUGGGACAGAUUCACGGGGAUCUAGCACAGGCAUGUCAGACAUACCUUCUAUUUGAUGAGUUUCCUACGGGGCGAUGCCUUGACGAUGACGAGAUGAGCCUGCGCCUCGAUUCUCACCCAUUCUUGCUCUAA